GCGCCUUCAGCGACAUAUGCCGCAGCGGGCGUAUGUUUUCACCCAUCAAGAUCCGGCGCCGUCGGCACCGCCUCAUCGCUCCUCGCCUACCACGACCCGAAGCGUCGCUCCUCGCCAAUCGCCGCACCGAGGCGCGCUCCAAGGCCGCCCGCGUCGCUCCUCGUCGACCACAACCCAAGGCGUCACCUCCGAGGCCGCCCGCAUUACUCCAAAGCCGCCCCGCGCGCUGGCUCGCCUUCGACUCCGAGGCCAUCCGCGUCGUCCCGAAGUUAUCCGCGACGGCGGUGACUCCGACGCCACCCAAAGCUGCUGUCGCCACCGCUCCCAAGUCUCGCGCUCCAAGGCCGCCCGCAUCUCUUUAAGGCGGCCUGCAUCGUCCCAAAGCCGAUCCUCGUCGCUCCUCGCCGAUCCCAGACGCGCCCUGAGACAUGCUCCGAGGCUAUCCACGUCGUCCCGAAGUCAUCCUCGACGGCGUUGAUUCCGACGCCACCCAGAGCUGCUGUCGCNGCCAUCGCUCCCAAGCCGCGCGCUCCAAAGCCGCCAACGUUGAAGCCGCCCGCUCCGAGGCUGUCCGCCCCGAGGCUACCCAAGUUCCCGUCGGACUUGGUAAUGUAUCGCUGCUUCCCCCUUCUCUGUCUGCUCCGAGAUCGCGACGUCGCCUUCUCCGAUCACAAGGAGAUCCUGAAGCAAAAUUACUGCGUGUUCCCUCCACCCGCCACCUGUUCGACCAAAUGCCUCACCAAGCCUCACCGCCGUCGAGCGCAGGCCGAGCUGCACCGCCAUCGAGCGAAGGCCGAGCCGCAUUCCUGUCAAGCCUGAGGAGGCCCACUCCUCGGCCGAGCCUCAUUAUCGUCGAGCUCGGCCUCCCUUGUCUGCUCCGAAUCGCGCCACCGCCGGGCCGCACCGUCGUCGACCGUAGGCCGAGCCCGGGGAGGUCCGCUCAGCAGUCUAGCUGCGCCGCCGUCGAUCUUGUUCCAACGCCCCGAGACAUGCUCCGAAGCCGAGCCGCACCGAUCGUCAACCCCCCGAACACCGUCGCCAUCCACCUGUGCAAGAUGGUGCUAUUCGAGCAUCUACGGUGAACGUGGCGGGACGGCGAUAUCUAUCCGGAGUUGACGCCCGACGACCUCGUCACAACCGUAAAGACUGUGUGGCUCAAGCCACGCCCAUCAACCAUUCGGCGAAAUACUUCAACGGCGAGUCCAAUUUGCAUAAAAAGAGAGAGAGCGGUGCUCUUCUCUUUAUAAAAAAAAUGUGUUAUUAAAAGAGAGAGAGCGGUGCUCUCCUCUAAAAAG